CGUCGCCGCUUUUUCAAGAAACCAUCUCUCUCUCUCUUUAUAUAUACACAGUAGUCUGAUCUCUCUCUCCUCAUCUCACAUAUCACCCACCAUUCAAUUACGAUAACACAAACAUUUUACAAGAAAUGUCUUGUUCUCAUCACUUCGACUCAUCAUCAGAUCCACGGACGCAUGAGCACUCUCUCCAAGAAAACAAACCAAUAAGUGCUUCUGAUCAUCAUGUUGCAUCGAACAUAGUCUUACCAGAGCACGAAUACGACGGAGGGAUCCAGGAAGCGUGGGACGCGAUUGGAAACUCUGGCGGCGGUGGAAGAAGAGGAGGAGGUUACUUUUCCGGAGAGACUAGGAAGAAGCUUGAGAAGAAGAGGAGCCAAGUGUUGCUUGAGGGAUACGCGUUGGAUGAUCAAGAUGAUUUGACUAGAGCCAAGAGCUUGACGGAUGAUGAUCUUGAGGAGCUUAAAGGUUGUUUGGAUCUUGGCUUUGGUUUUAGCUACGAUGAGAUCCCUGAGCUUUGCAACACUUUGCCUGCGUUAGAGCUUUGUUACUCCAUGAGCCAAAAGUUCUUAGAUGAUAAACAAAUCCACCAGAAAUCGCCGGAUGAAGAAGAUUCGCCGCCACCACCGACCAGUACUCCAAUUGCUAAUUGGAAGAUCUCUAGCCCUGGUGAUAAUCCAGAUGAUGUAAAAGCUAGACUCAAAUACUGGGCACAAACUGUAGCUUGCACCGUACGGUUGUGCAGCUGAACAAAAUGGUUGAACCAUAAAAAGGACCUUUUUUUGCUGGAAUGAAGUUUUCUGCCAUUGUUAGCUGAGAAUAGACCUACAAAUGGGUCCAUGGAUAAAACUGGUUUGGCUUUUACAUUAGUUCUACUUCUAUAGUUCUAUAUAUGUAUGUGUAUUACUAGUGUUCUUGGUCUCAAUGAUUUUAAAGAUUUGGAAAUAAACGUUGUCAGUAAAUAAAAACUUCAAAUUCUUUGUCUACGUACAGUUUCCCCCUGAAUGUUUUUGUUUGAGUGCAAUGUGGUUGCUUUAACAUCUGACAUCUGAAUUAAGGUUCUUGUGCUCAUAUGCAGUGAUGAGAUCUAGAGACAUAAAUCAAAUCUCCAAUUGUUUUUUUAGAAGAACUCUGCUUUUGGCUGAGGUAACUAAUUUAACUGUUGUCUGUCGAGAGUUAAUGUUUCAUGAGAUCUUGUUCUGUCUUUGUUACUAAUCAGGCUCUGUUUAUGAUGACAUUACUUGAAUCACAAGAUGUCAAAAAAGAAAGCACAUGACCUUUGUAAUUAUGUUUUUUACUUGU